GAAGAACAGGAAGACGCCUUUACUGCUAAAGACGUACUUGCUUCCCCUCUGUCAACCAGGGGUUAAAAUUAAAAAGUUACUAACUUCUAACAGCCAUGGAAACAAAUUGGGAACACACCGUCGACCUAGGUCAUUGAUAACACCAACUUACCGCUCGCGCUGUGGUCGUCGAAACAACUCGUGGAUAGCGGAAAGAGUUUUUUUGUUUUGUGUUUUCCUUUACCUAACCUUACUGUUACAAGCUAGCCUAGCUGAAGCUAAGGUUAGCUCAGAUAGUACCGUAUACAUUCAGGACCUAAAAUCCACGUUUCUAAAAACUUGGACUUGUGUUGCAUGUGGGAAAUAAUAGAGUGGCGUCCUCACUUUGUAUUUUAUUAACGCAACAGGUUGUUUUCGUACUUUUCGUCUCGAGGAGUUGUCUUGGGCUGUGCUUUGAAUUUCCCUCCUCCAGUGAUACCGAGAGGCGGCUUAAACAGGGGCUCGUUUUGUCUGUUGGCUUUUUACCAAAUUAUUAGCAGCACUGCGCUAAUUGUAGCUAGUUAGCCUGGGCACUAGCCUAGGCCCCUGGGAAUAAGGAGUUGGCAUUUUCCAUUGACGUUUAAAAUCUAAAAAAAGGGAUUACUGUUCCACUUGUUUAUUUUGACAUCCAAUUCAAGGAAACGGAUUAAAAGGUAGAAAUAUGGAUCAACAGACGGGGAGUUCUGCCUCAGCUGCUGGUCCCAAGAAGGACAAGAAAUCAAAGAAAAGCUACGAUGAUGGAGAUGGAAAAAAGAAAUUUACACUCAAACGGCUGAUUCCUGAUGAGUUGGAGCGUUUCACCAGCAUGAGGAAAAAGGACAAGGAGAAGCCUGGACCACCGCCAGGUCACCGACACUCUUCAGCUGCCAGCUAUGAGAUCAGUGCUCAGAGUGGCAUGAUGAAUGAUCAUUCUGAUGAAUAUGUCCUGGAACUGUUUGAACAGAUGCUGGUGGAUAUGAACCUAAAUGAGGAAAAGCAGCAGCCUCUGAGACAGAAAGACAUUUUGAUCAAACGAGAGAUGGUCUCCCAGUACCUCCACACAUCUAAAGCUGGUCAGAGCCAGAAGGAGAGUUCCAAGUCGGCCAUGAUGUACAUCCAGGAGUUAAAGGCAGACUAUCGAGAUUCACAGCUGCUGAGCUGUCUUGAAUCUCUAAGAGUUUCACUCAAUAACAACCCUGUUAGUUGGGUACAGAACUUUGGAGAUGAAGGGUUGGCUCUGCUUCUGAAUCUGCUGAGAAAACUCCAGGAAGAGGAAUACACGCCAAUUGGAACGAAAUGCCAACAUGAGAUAAUUCGCUGUCUUAAAGCUUUUAUGAACAACAAGCAUGGUCUGAAAUCCAUGUUGGAGUCACCUGAGGGAAUUCCUCUGCUAACCAGAGCCAUCAACCCAAAGGUGCCUCAUAUGAUGGUGGAUGCUGUCAAGCUUCUUUCUGCCAUCUCCAUUUUGGAGCAUCCUGAAAACCUUCACGAGCGUGUUUUAGAGGCCAUUACAGAGGAGGCAGAGAAACAGGACACUGAAAGGUUUCAGCCACUUCUUACUGGAAUGAGGAGCUCCAGCAUUGCACUUAAGGGUGGCUGCAUGCAGUUAAUCAACGCCUUGAUCAGCCGUGCAGAAGAACUGGACUUCAGAAUCCAUAUUCGCUCUGAACUGCUAAGACUGGGUCUUAGAGAUCAGCUGAAGGAGGUGCGAAAGAUAGAAAAUGAAGAGCUGAGGGUGCAACUCACAGUGUUUGAUGAGCAGGCUGAAGAUGAUUCUGAGGACCUCAAAGCACGUCUGGAUGACAUCCGAAUGGAAAUGGAUGAUGUGAGGGACAUAUUUGAAAUCUUGGUCAACACUGUGAAGGACUCCAAGGCCGAGGGCCACUUCCUGUCCCUGCUGCAGCAUCUACUACUGAUCCGUAAUGAUUACUUGGCCAGGCCUCAGUACUACAAGUUGAUAGAUGAGUGUAUCUCUCAGAUCGUACUGCACAGGAAUGGAACAGACCCUGACUUCAAGUGCCGUAACCUCAGCUUCAACAUCGAAGGCUUGAUAGACAAUAUGGUGGACAAGACCAAGGUGGAAACCAGCGAAGUAAAAGCCUCUGAACUGGAAAAGAAGCUGGAUGCAGAAUUGACGGCACGCCACGAGUUGCAGGUGGAGCUGAAGAAAUUGGAGAGCGACUAUGAACAGAAGUUGCAGGACCUGAGCCAAGACAAGGAACAGCUUGCCACAUCUAAGCAGGAGCGAGAAAAGGAAAACCAGGGACUACAGGAACAGCUAGGCAACUUGAAAACACAGAUUGAAAAGCUGUCUAAGGACUUGGAAGAGGCAAAAACUAAGGUGAUCACUGUUACCGUUCCUGUGCCAACACCUGUAUUUCCCCCUCCGCCACCUCCCCCUCCACUCCCAGGCCAAAAUGCAGGUAUACCUCCACCUCCACCACCUCUACCAGGCCAUGCAAACUUAACUGUUCCCCAAGCCCCACAGGCUCCUCCUUUACCGGGUCAUGCUGGUAUUCCUCCACCUCCACCUCCACCCCCUUUACCUGGCAUGCCUGGACCCCCACCCCCUCCACCCCUCCCUGGCAUGCCAGGACCCCCACCACCUCCACCCCUCCCUGGCAUGCCAGGACCCCCACCACCUCCACCAUUACCUGGGAUGGGACCACCACCACCACCACCUGGAGGUCCUGGUAUUCCUCCUCCACCCCCAGGUCCAGGGAUGCCUCCACCUCCACCAUUUGGCAUGGGGGGCUGGGGUGCCCCUGCACCACCAGCACUGCCAUUUGGGCUCAAGCCUAAGAAGGAGUACAAGCCUGAGGUUCAGUUGAAGAGAGCCAACUGGAGUAAGAUCGGACCUGAGGACCUCUCAGAAAAUAGCUUCUGGAUCAAGGCGAAAGAAGACCAAUUUGAAAAUAACGAACUCUUUGCCAAACUUACCUUAACGUUUUCUUCGCAGACAAAAACUGCCCAGCAGCUGGAUUUUGCAAGCACACAGACACCCACACAGAAAAACAACACAGGGAGGCGGGUAGUGCGCUCAGGGCAGGGUCAGAGGUGUUGA